UUUUUUGUAUUGUAAAAAGUAAAAAUAAAAUUAAAAUUUAAAAUUAAUGAAAUUUAAGUUUAAAAAUUUCGAACUUUAAAGACUAAAAAAUGAAAUUUUUAAAGAGUAUUACAAAUUUUAUAUUUCGAUUGCUGUUUGCAACGACAGUAUGUUAUUCUUUUGAUUUAAUUGACGAUAUGUCAAUUUUGCUGGAAGGCCAAAAAGAAGAAGAAAUAACGUCAAGUCACAAAACCGACAGUUUAAGUAUGUUAAUACUGAUAACUCUGCUUAUUGCGACAGUUCUUGUAAUAUGGUUGUUUAAGAUCCGAAAGUUUAGUGUCUUUCAUGAGACGGGUGUAGCAAUGCUGUUUGGUAUAGCUGUUGGAGGAAUAAUAAGAUACGCGGAGGAUUCUGACGGUAUUGAAAAGGCAGUACAUAUCGGAAGCUCAGAAAAUCUAACCACUGCUCCAAGAAACUUAUUGAUGAACAUAAAUGGAACGGACUACUCUUAUGUUUUAAACGGUAUUGUACAGCACUUUACCGGAAGAAACGAAGGAAAUGAACUUGAAGACAAAUCUUCUUUUAAUCCAGAAAUUUUUUUUUAUGUACUGUUGCCACCUAUAAUUUUUUAUGGGGGUUAUUGCUUAAAAAGAAGAUACUUUUUUCGUAAUCUUGGAGCAAUAUGCAUGUACGCUUUUGUUGGAACAUCUAUUUCAUGCGUAGUUGUUGGCGUAAUGACAUAUACGUUUAACAGAAUGACAGGAGUAACUUCUACAUUUGAUUUUACAGAAUGUUUAUUGUUUGGGGCAAUGAUUUCAGCAACAGAUCCAGUUACGGUUUUAGCAAUUUUUCAUGACAUGCAUGUUGAUGUAGAUUUAUUCGCAUUCGUAUUUGGAGAAAGUGUAUUAAAUGAUGCUGUUGCAAUAGUAUUAUAUCGUGCAAUUGAAGCCUAUUUAGCGUAUAACCCAUAUGAAGCACGACAAUUUAAUGCGUACUCGUUUUUAUCUGCAAUGGGAGAUUUUGUUUCAAUUUUUGUUGGAUCUUUAUUUAUAGGGAUAUCAAUGGCUUGCGUAACUGCUUUGCUGACAAAACUUACAAAAAUAGGAAUGUUUCCUAUACUAGAAACAGCUCUAUUUUUCUUGAUGUCUUACUCUACAUAUUUAGCAGCAGAAGUUGCAAACUGGUCAGGUAUUGUUGCAGUUUUAUUUUGUGGGAUUGCUCAAAAACACUACACAUAUAAAAAUUUGACUCCAGAAUCGGCGAUUCGAACAACACAAAUGUUUGAGUUGCUAAACUUUCUGGCGGAAAACUUUAUUUUUUCUUAUAUAGGGCUGUCGUUCUUUUUAUUUAAUUACCAUCAAUGGAAUUUCGGUUUUAUUGGAGUUGCGUUUCUAGCAACACAAGUUGGUCGAAUACUUAACGUCUAUCCAUUGACUUUAAUUUUGAACUGCGGACGUAUAAGAAAAAUCUCUUGUAAACACCAAAAUAUGAUGGCUUUUGCCGGACUUAGAGGAGCCGUUGCGUUUUCAUUAGCUAUUAGAAAUACAGUAUCCGUUCCAAGACAGAUGAUGCUUACUGCAACGUUAUCAAUAGUUUUAAUCUCUGUUAUUUUAUUUGGUGGUUUAACGUAUCCAUUCGCAAAGCUUAUUGACCUCGAGACCGGAGUCGAUGAAAUUGAAGAAGAGUUCAAAGCAAAAAGAUUAAGCUUAAUAGACAUUAAUGAUCCUUCUAGUAGCACUCCGGAAGAUCGAGCAGAAAAAAAAAGGUACGAAAAAUCCUGGAUAGUUAGAACAUAUAGUGCUUUUGAUAAUAAAUACUUAAUGCCGAUACUAACUGACGAAUAUGCCGAAUAAAAACAUUCCGACUGACAAAUAUGCCGAAUGAAAACAUUCUGGAUCAAAUAUAUUCCUUAUCAAAUGGUUGGUUUAAAAGCACCAACGAGUUCUCUUACUUUCUUUUCAGAAAAAAAAGAAGCACUAAUAACUAUAAUACUCACAUUGCAAAUAACGCGAUAGUCUAAAUCUAUUUUAGGAUUUACUAAUAGCUGUUUAAUCAUGAAUAUUUGAUUUUAGCAUAUAUUAAGUGCAUACCGCACAUAUGCUACUCCAUAUGAUAUACAAUUACUUUGAGGAAACGACUCAAAAAGCUAGACCAUAAAAGGGUCCUAACAUGUUGGAAAUUCAACAUAUGAAUAAUAAAAAUAUAUAUUAUAUCUUACAAAUAUAGUGUUAUAUAUGUUAUAUGUUUUAUUUAAAGAGUAUACUCUAUUAAACUAAUAUUCUAGUUAAUGUCAUAAUAGAAAUACAGUUUUGUAAAAUAUGAAUA